GAGGGGCAGUGGACUGCACACGAGCCUCCUCUGAUCCGAAGGAGAAAAAGUAACACUUCAGCCACUCUCCCCUAAUCCCUAUCCGGCCGCUUAACCAACCCCGCACGGAUCGCGGAGCUGGUUGCCUCCCACUUCUCCGGCGGCCGCCGCGUUGCAGAGACGUUUCGGUAUGAGGAAGGGCGCGGAGCUCUUGGUCCUGCUGGUCGCGUCGUCCCUCUGCCUGUCCGCUGCGAUUGCCGCGCAGGAAACCUGCCCGGCCGACAUCGACGCCAAGUGCGGCGAUGCCGCUUCUGAUGACUGGGAGGGCGAGUUCUUCCCCGGCAUUACCAAGAUCAGAUAUGAGGGUCCUACCAGCAAGAAGCCGCUUUCUUACAAGUGGUAUAACGCGGAGGAAGUGAUCCUUGGAAAGAAAAUGAAAGAUUGGUUGCGGUUCAGCGUGGCGUUCUGGCAUACAUUCCGGGGUACUGGAGGAGACCCUUUUGGUGCAGCCACAAAGAACUGGCCUUGGGAGGAUGGCACCAAUUCCUUGGCCAUGGCUAAGAGAAGAAUGAAAGCUCACUUCGAGUUCAUGGAGAAGCUUGGAGUUGAGAGGUGGUGCUUCCAUGACAGGGACAUCGCCCCUGAUGGCAAGACACUCGCGGAAACAAAUGCUAACUUGGAUGAGAUAGUUCAGCUGGCAAAGCAACUCCAGAGUGAGACCAAUAUAAAGCCAUUGUGGGGGACUGCACAGCUUUUCAUGCAUCCACGUUACAUGCACGGAGCUGCUACUAGCCCAGAGGUCAAGGUGUAUGCUUAUGCUGCUGCUCAAGUGAAGAAAGCUUUGGAGGUUACUCACUACCUAGGCGGUGAGAACUAUGUAUUCUGGGGUGGAAGAGAGGGUUACCAAACUCUUCUCAAUACAGAUAUGAAGAGAGAACUUGAACAUUUGGCUAACUUUCUUCAGGCUGCUGUUAACCACAAGAAGAAGAUUGGCUUUAAUGGAACAUUGUUGAUAGAGCCUAAACCACAAGAACCAACAAAGCAUCAGUAUGACUGGGAUGUUGCAACUACAUUCUCUUUCCUACAGAAGUUUGGUCUUACAGGAGAAUUCAAGAUAAAUGUCGAGUGCAACCAUGCUACUCUCUCUGGGCAUAGCUGCCAUCAUGAGCUUGAGACUGCACGCAUUAAUGAUAUUCUUGGAAACAUUGAUGCAAACACUGGUGAUCCACAAGUUGGUUGGGACACGGAUGAGUUCCUUACAGACAUUUCAGAAGCUACCUUGAUUAUGUCAAGUGUAGUUAAGAACGAUGGACUUGCACCUGGUGGCUUCAACUUCGACGCCAAAUUGCGGAGGGAGAGUACUGAUGUUGAGGACCUGUUUAUUGCCCAUAUCUCUGGGAUGGACACCAUGGCCCGUGGCCUCCGCAAUGUUGCCAAGCUGAUUGAGGAUGGUUCCCUGGACGAGCUUGUCCGCAAGCGCUACCAGAGCUUUGACACUGAGAUUGGCGCCAUGAUCGAGGCUGGGAAGGGAGACUUUGAAACGCUAGAAAAGAAGGUCUUGGAGUGGGGUGAGCCAACCGUUCCAUCCGGCAAACAGGAACUGGCUGAGAUGCUGUUCCAAUCCGCUCUGUAGAUGACAGCCCACGGUUCUAGGAAUAAAAGCAAGACCACGCCUUCGAACGCCCAGUCGUCCUCGUCACUAUGGGUGAUGUUCUAUAGUUAGGCCUCCAUGCAAUGAACCCUGUAAACAAACUGCAUGGAGCUGAAAAUAAUGUAACCUUAUAUCAGAAUUAAACUUGUUCGCCAACAUGGAGUUGGGCUGAACUAUGUUCCAAUUUUCUCCCUGUGUUUCACCCAGAUGCUCAUUGGUCUUAA